UAUGGGGACCCGUAAGCAAUCAAGGCCUUGGUGAAAUUUUCAAAGCUCUUUAAUCUUGGUCAUUGGUAUCAGAGGCUACCCAUUAUUUAAUCUGGCUCUGUCAAGCCAGCCUGUAAAUAAACUGAUUGAAUAGGUACAUAUUGGUCAGUCUACCCCGUAUAUACGGCGAUACAAUUUAUAGUACAAAUACAAAUAGUAAAUGUCGUUUAUAUAAUAACAUACACGAUACCUGAAAUUUGUAUUAACGUAAGGGACACUUCUUCGAAAGCGAGCUACGUAAACUAAAAGAUUACUCGGAGGGUAUGUCUGUAUGCCUCCUUAUAUUUACAAGGAGGCAAUAAAUCCUCUUUGGCAUUUAUUUGUACCUGUCAGCAGGAAUAUUCGUUUUUAUAUAUGAAAGAAGAAUAAAAAAGAAUAGUCUAUCAAUCAAUCAAAAAUUAAAAUUAAAAGAAGCAACAAUCAAAAUUUUUCAUGUAGAAUUUUAACAAUAGAAAAAAAAAUCUUUGUAAAAAAAAUAAAAACACGGGAACAGGCCACCUCGAAUCUCUACAACCUUUUAUCUUUGUGAAAUGUACGUAUUUCAAAAAAUGGUUUUCAGCAUCCGCCCUCGAGCCUACCUUCGAUGGGCCGGCCGCUCUGCAAAAUGCUGCAAGGAAUAGGACUAUCAUCAUAAACUCGCCGCAAACCAUCCUCUCCAGUGCUGGACAUAGACCUCCAAAACUUUUUCUUCAGCACCAGUUCCCGUGACCAAACUCCACCAGAGACAUAGCUAUAAUGUAAUUUUCGCUGCCUACUAAUAUUCUAUUUUUAUUUUAGCCAAAAAAAUAAAGCAAAAUGACGCUAAUCAAGAAGUUAAUGCAACAACUGAAAAGCAAAGAGUUCAGGUCCUACUUAAUGAGUACUCACUUCUGGGGCCCUGUGUGCAAUUGGUCAUUCCCUGUUGCCGCGAUUGCUGACACACAGAAGCAUCACAGCAUUAUCAGUGGAAAAAUGACAUUUGCUCUAGCCGUGUAUUCGCUGUGUUUCAUGCGGUUUUCGUUGCGGGUGAAACCUCGCAACUUGUUGCUCUUUGCCUGCCAUAUCAUUAACGAGUGCGCGCAACUCACCCAAGGAUCUCGGUUCAUAUACCACAACUAUAUCAAGACGAAAGUAUAAUAAUAUGUUCCUAUUAGCAACUUCGUUAUGAAAAAGUCAAUCAAGUCUGCAAUUGUACCAAAAGUGUUCUUGUCCUUUUUGAUUAAAAAUGAAGAAUUCGUUGAUUAUGACGCUAUAUCGCUGUAACCAAGUUAAAAUUUAUAAAAAAGCAAACGGACAAAAAAAAUACGUACGGAAGUUUGGUUCUAAAACAUUAGCAAUGAAAUGGUUCCCAAUCUUGUUUUUGUCAGUAGGUAUUUUUAGUGACCAAUGCCAAAAUCUUAAGAUUAUUUUUACCGCUAGAAGCCCUAAAUAUUAUGCAUUUAUAAAAAAAGCGCUGAUGGUCAAACUCAAGUUCGCCACAUGCCGCUUAUUAAAAAAAUGCAAUGAGAAAAAUGGGCUUGAAGAUAUGAUUAAUUAGUUUUAAGGUCCUUUAAAAUUGUGUAGUAGUAAUUUUACAAAUCAUAGUUUAAUACCUAUUACGUUUACGAAAUCGGAAUUGUUUUCAUAAACUUUUGUUGCUAUAUGCCUAAACUUCUUAAUGAGUGUAUGUUAUUUCAAUCUCGAUAUAGUCAUAAUUAAACGAAUUCUCCUCAGAAAGAAAA